AUUCCACUAAAUAAUUUUGAUGGAUCUGAUAUGUUUGGGGUAUUCACUUCCCAUUCUGAUCCCAUAUCCAUGGAACCUGCACAAUGUCCAAUGAAAAGCAGUACGGUUGACAACUUGACUGGAAACUCUUCGGCAGAUUCUAAGCCGCCUCCAAAGAAGGAAACUUUCCAGUUGAAAUCUGGAAUUUGGGCAGAUUCUCUGACCCGUGGACUGAUUGACCUCAACAUAACUGCUCCCAAGAAAGUUUCAUUGGCAGAUGUUGGUGUCGUGGGUGGAUUAAGUGAUGGGUCAGAUGAAAGAGAGAGAGGAGCUCCCACCUCCUUUUACAUGGGAAGAGCAAUGGGUACAGGUUCAGGUCUCGGCAAAACUGGAUUUCCUACGCAGGAGACAUUCAGCGGAGAUGAUUUCUUCUCAAACCUCAAUGGCCAAAAGCACCAGUUUGGUAGCUUUCAGAAGUGAUAUCCCUCUUCACUUUGUCAUGUCAGCGUCUGGUAUUUCAUUGAAUAUAUUCUUCUGCCAAUUUGGCUUAAUAUUUCAAGAGUUGAUCAUAUUCAUGUUGCUGUGCAGUUGUUCAUAAUUACAUUAAAUCAUAUGCUGAUUAUAACUGAAUAUUGUUCUUCGUUAUUUGUUUCCUUCCGUGGGAUAAAAAUUUCUUAUCCCCCCACAAGUUAAAAAAAAAAAAAGAUAAAUUUCUUCUUGUAUGAUCUAUUAAGUGAGUGAUUCAGUAAGUUAGAUUAGAUGCCUAUGGAUGGGA